GAGCUCAAGGCCCGAGAAGAAAGAAGCAAGAAGAUUGCGAGUCAGAGUUGGCAAGUGCAAGGAAGCAACGAUGAGUGCGCCAUACCCGCCUGACGCCCUUCCGCCAGCGUACAUCUCGGGGCCUUGGCCUGCAAGGGAAGAGGAGGAGGGAGAGACAGCUUCGUACGGCGCGCUCGCCCCACACCUGCGCUUGCCCGAUGGGUCGCCCGACUACCUGCGCCUCAUCCUGUCCGCUGACAUCUAUGACCUCGUCAAGGCCACACCCUUGACGGUGGCCACCAAUCUCUCGUCACGCCUCGGCUGCGAAGUGCUGAUGAAGCGCGAGGACCUGCAGCCCGUAUUCUCCUUCAAGCUUCGAGGGGCCUUCAACAUGAUGCGACAACUGAGCGACGAGCAGAAGUGGAAGGGCGUAAUCGCAUGCAGCGCAGGAAACCAUGCCCAGGGCGUGGCGCUUUCGGGUGCACACCUAUCCAUCCCAUGCACUAUCGUCAUGCCGAUGGGGACACCCGCCAUCAAGACGCAGAACGUGGCACGGCUUGGUGCAAAGGUUGUUCUCCACGGCGUCAAUUUUGACGAGGCAAAGGCGGAAUGCUCACGCCUGGCCCAGAGUCACGGCUUGGCCGUCGUACCCCCCUUUGACGAGCCGCGAGUCAUUGCAGGACAAGGUACCGUGGCGGUGGAGAUGUGCAGGCAGACGGACAUGUCUAAGGUCGACGCAGUCUUUUGCUGCGUUGGUGGUGGUGGGCUCUUGGCCGGCGUGGCAGCAUACAUCAAGCGCAUCGCUCCGCCGUCUGUAAAGGUCAUUGGUGUAGAGACGUACGAUGGAGAUGCGCUGGCACGCAGCUUGCAGCAGGGAAAGCGCGUCAAUCUCGACGAGGUUGGCCUUUUUGCCGACGGGACCGCGGUGCGCAUCGUCGGCCAAGAGACAUUCAAACUCUGCCAUGGCCUCGUGGAUGGCAUUGUUCGCGUCGACACCGAUGAGAUUUGCGCCGCCAUCCGCGAUGUAUUCGAAGACACGAGAUCGAUCCCCGAGCCAGCCGGUGCGCUGGCCGUUGCCGGUAUGAAACGCUAUGUGGCGCUCCAUAAUCUGCAGAAUUCGGGCAAACGCUUUGUCACGGCUGUCUCGGGAGCCAAUAUGAACUUUUCCCGCCUUCGCUUCGUCGCUGAGCGAGCCGAGCUGGGCGACCAAAAGGAAGUGCUCCUCAUGGUUGACAUUCCAGAGAGACCAGGCAGCUUCCUGCGGCUCAUCAACCACAUCAUUCCCAGAGACAUCACCGAAUUCUCAUAUCGCCUCAAUGGCACCGAGCGCGCCCACAUCUUCCUCUCCUUCAUGCUCAAGGGUCUACCGCCCGGCCAGCAUGCCGACGCGCUACCGACGCCCGCCGUCGUGUCCAACCCCACGGCUUCCAGCACGUCUUCGCCAGGGCGGGUCCCUUCUCCUAUUUCAUCAGCCCCGGCUGCUUCCCAAACGCCUGCUCCGUCCUCUUCUUCCAAAGACCCGACUCGAGCAGCGCAAAGCCUCGCCCGACGCGCCGAGCUUCAGUCGAUCCUCGAAGCAAUCGAGGCGGAAGGCGACAUGAGCGCAACAGACGUGUCGUCCAACGAAAUGGCAAAGUCACACGCAAGGUACAUGGUCGGAGGAAGAACGCGCGGUGGGUCUGACUCCGCGUCUGCCCAAUCGUCGCGGGAAAACGAGAGGCUGUUCCAAUUCACCUUUCCUGAGAGACCCGGCUCGCUCCUCAAGUUCCUCGAGGGACUCAACAAAGGCUGGAACGUGUCGCUCUUCAAUUAUAGAAAUCACGGUUCUGACACGGCCAAGAUUCUCGUCGCUAUCCAGGUCGGGCCAAAUGAUGGGCCGGCCUUGGACAGGUUCCUUAAAGAGCUGGGCUACCUCUAUAGAGAAGAGACUGACAACGAGGCCUAUGUUCGCUUCAUGCGAUGA